UCGCACGGAAAACAAAAUGGUUUCUUUAAAUUGCAGUGAGCCUCUUUCUGCUUCUGAUCUUCUUGCCAGUGCUGCUUCCCCUUGUGAACACAACAUGGCAGUACCUCAUUCUGGAGAGGUAUCGUUGCUCACUCUUCUUGAAAACAAUGCCAGCCCCUCCCUGCCUUUGGGAGAACAGUUUAAUAAUGCAACUGUGACCAUAGAAGAGAAUGGUGAAGAUAGAGGUGGCCUUAAAGAGGUUGAAGGAAUUCUUUUGUCCCAGUUUAUGAAAGCAGUAGAGGAUUCAAAGGAAACAACUUCACUGACCCAAUUAAAACUCCCAGACUUUUGUGCUCAGAUUUCUGGGGACUUCUCUCCUACACUUGAGGAAAUUGAGGAGUUUUUAAAGGAAAACAUGGAUCUAAUUAGGGAAGAACUGGCUGAAAAGCAGCCCAUUCCUGGCACGUGGCUGCAGGGCUGCAUGACUAAUGAGCAUGUGACUCAAACUACAGGCCCAGCUCAGCCAUCUGAGGAUGUGCCAACUCCAGAGACACCAGAUGCUUCCGCCAGUUCACCUUCUGCAACAGGCAGUAUUCCUGUUCUACUUCAAAUCCAGCCUGUGUCUGUGCCUGGUGCUGCUUCUUUGGCACAGAGCCCUACAGGUGGUGUGCGCCUUACACAGCUUGUAAUCAGUGUACAAGGCCAAAGCCUGUCAUUGGCCCCAAUCCCAGGGCCUGCUUCACCUGGGGACCAAAAGUAUGUUAGAAUUGCCCCCUUGCCAGUGGCAGUCAGACCCUUGACUAUAGGAGGUGUAUUUGUGAGCGAAGGACAGCAGAAGAUCCAAAAGGGAACACCAGCUGUAAUCAGGGUUCAUAAGUGUAGUCACCCUGGCUGUAACAAAAUGUACACCAAAAGUUCACACCUUAAGGCGCACUUUCGACGGCACACGGGGGAAAAACCUUAUGUCUGCACUUGGCCAGAGUGUGGUUGGAGAUUCUCUCGUUCUGAUGAGCUUUCAAGACACAAGAGGUCCCACUCUGGUGUGAAGCCAUAUCAGUGUACAGUGUGUGAUAAGAAGUUUGCCCGCAGUGACCAUUUGUCUAAACACAUGAAGAUACAUCGUGGCCAGCGAGUUGGUGGUUGUCGGACACCACGAACCAGCACUUAAUAUUGUUUGGUUUUUAGUAUUGUUCCACUAUCUGGCCAGCCUGAAAUACUUGUUGCUUCAACUAUAACAUGUACAUAAUCCUUGGAUGCAACCUGCAAAAAGACUUACUGUACACGACCAAUAAAGUAUAGCCACUUUAAUUCAAUCAAGACUAGUGGGGCAUGCGUAAUGUUAUAGAACACUGUAUUGCAGGCUUUUCUUGACUGUUAUGAUACAA